CAUGAGCGGAAGUGGAAGCAUAACCGGAAGGGGAGGGGGCAGUGGAAGCGGAAGCGGAAGCAUGACCGGUAGCGGUAGUGCAAGCGGAAGUGUGAAUGGUAACGUAAGCAUCCACAUGGAAGGUUCGCUGUUUUGGAUCGGAGGGAUCGGUUUAAGCGACUACCCUCGCCUGCUCGGCUCGUCCUCCAUCUCCAGCCAGUGGUUCAACCAGCACUCUGUUGAUCAAGUCUGCAAUCUUGUUAAGGCGACGCUGGAAAACGGCGCACGGUACAUCGUCGUUCAAGGCCUGCCUCCAUGCGGGUGCUUCCCCGUGUCCCUAGCUUUGACCCCCACCUCUGACCGUGACCACCACGGCUGCUGCGCCAGCGCCAAUGCCAUGGUGACGGCCCACAACGAGCUGCUCCAGAAGAACCUGGCCAAGCUGCAGCAAACAUACAGCUCAGCUUCCAUCGUCUACGCUGACUUCUGGAAAGCGUACAUGAACAUCCUCGAGAACCACGACAAGUACAACUUUGCCGAGCCCUUCAAGGCGUGCUGCGGGGCCGGCAGCGGGGCCCUCAACUUCAACAUCCACCACCUGUGUGGCUCGGCCAACACUGCCGCCUGCAGAGACGCCACACAGCACAUGAUCUGGGACGGGAUGCAUCUCACGGAGGCCAUGAACAAGGAAGUCGCCAACCAGUUCCUCCACCACGGUUGCACUAACCCUCCAUUGCAGGACAUCAUCAAGAAGAAGAUGGGAUGAGUCUCGAGUUAAAUCAAUGUUUCACUGCGUUCGUGCAUAUGGACCUUCGACUCCGAGUGGCUGCGUUAGGUCGCCGAGUUAAGUUCCUCCUUUUUCCUUCGGAUUUAUCUGUUCGUCGAGUUUUGUUAAAUUCUUCUUUCUUAGUUUGGACCUGGGAUGCAAUUGAUCCCAUCUAUAAGAAAUGAUUGACUAUUUCUA